AUUAUCAAGAGUCGGUAUUUUUUGCAAUGUCUAUCGUCAUGCAAUAGUCUGUCAUCUUUCCAAGUCAAUUCAUCUUUUUAGUUGAAGUCGAGACGCGCUUAGACGCGCUUCGACGCGCUUCACGUUCGCUCCAUCGGCCGCACCGGCUGAUAAUGACAGACCGAUUGUCAAGAGGCCGUAUGGCCUGAAGCGUCUGAUAGCGACUCGGGGAAGUCGGCGUGGUAAACAGAUGGCGAGAGAUAACGCGUAUGUAACAACGAUCGCCGUCGUCGCAGUCACCGAUCGCGAAAUAGCAGUCGCGCUCAUAAGCUCGAUCCGGUCGAAUUGACGUUCGAAAGGGUCGUCGAGCGUCAGGCGGACUGUUGUUCAUCAAGGAGGAAUGUUGCUGUAAGAUUUCCCAAGUCGGCUUCCUUCCGUACACCGUCGUCCCGAUGUUGUCCGCAACACGUACGCGCCGCUCCGAAUUAACCUAUGAUUGCCGUGAUUCAUCGGUGGGACAUGCUCGUGAGCGUUUCGAAAGUCCAAUUAUCUCGAAUCUCUAUCACCUGCGAUAACGAGCUUCUUAAAACGGGUGAAUGAUAUGACUUGAUUGUCGUCGUUAUUAGUCCUGCGACACGAACGGGGAGAGCUGUGCGCCGCGACAAAAGCGAAUAAAAUGCAGAGAGAAUCGCAGGUAUUGAUGCAAGCCUAAUUUUAUAUGCAACGUACCUGGAAAUUCCUACAUAGAGGUACUAUAAACUGAAUGAGUGAAGAAAAUGAUAGUACUGACUGCCUACUGAUAGACUUCUUUAGCCAACCACAGACAUUGUUCUUACCACAAUGGAUAUUGGUGUUGUCAAAAUUGCUGAAGAUAAGGAUUUUGAGAAACUGAAACAGUUAUACGAUGAUAAUAAUGACUGGAGAUUAGAUUACAAUAAACCUGACCUAUCUGUUUGGACAAAAUCCGUCCGUGGAAUUAGUUUUAGAAUGGUGAAGAUUAGAACACGUUUUCCUGAUAUUACUCCAGAAACUCUGUACGACGUUCUACACGAUCCUGAGUAUAGAAAAGUUUGGGACACUCACAUGAUUGAAUCGAAAGACAUAGGAUUUUUCAAUCCAAACAAUGAUAUUGGUUAUUAUUCCAUGACGUGUCCAUCUCCGUUAAAAAAUAGGGAUUUUGUUCUGCAGCGAUCUUGGCUGGACACUGGUAUAGAGCAAUUGAUAUUAAAUCAUUCCGUUUAUCACAAAGAUUACCCACCUAGGAAGCACUUUGUACGAGCAACAUCUUACCUCACAGGUUACAUUGUAAGGCCUUCGCGCAAUGGAGAUGGUUCCGAGUUGGGUUACGUAUCUCACACGGAUCCACAUGGAAAAUUACCUGUGUGGUUGGUUAAUAAGGUUACGCAAAUAUUUGCUCCAAAAAUGGUGAAAAGAUUGCACAAGGCUUCUGUGGGCUACUCAAGCUGGAAGUUACUUAAUAAUCCAAAUUAUAAGCCAUGGCAUUUUCCCGAACAAAUAAUGGCGCCUAGAAUACGUAUUGAAGAAUGCGUAAAAUCCGCGGAAGAGAAGAAUUCGAAGAAUAAUUACGUGGACGAGUCUGACUUGAAGGAGAAUUUGGUUAAGGAAGCUACCAUGAUCGACAGUGAUUAAAAUGUAAGGAGGAGGUGUAUAAGGGAUCUAAGUAAGUAAUAGCAAAAUGAAAUAGAGUUGAAACCAUUAGCAACAGUAUUAUGAACGAAGUAACAUAACGGACACGCAAUUUGUACAAUUAUAAAGUUCGAUUUGCAUAUUCCUUAUAUAACAAAUUCUAAUUAAUGGUAAUGUUAUACAUUUAUAUGCGUAUAAUGUUAAAAGUAUAAAAGUCACGUUCAUUAUUAUGUGAGAACUCGCCUUACGUGCGGACGUUAGUAUCUAUAUAUGAGCGUUGAUGAUAAAACGUUUACGGCCUGCUUUGCAUUAGGUACUAAUUUCAAGCCAGUCGGUGUUGUUAAAGCGCGCAAACAUAAUGAGUGUAUGCACAAUAUGGGAGAUACACUUUUAAGACUUUUUAUAAAUCUGUUAGUAUCUUGGAGCGUGCCUCCGCGCACUCGCGCGUCUCUCAAAACAUCCUUAUACUUGGUUUAUCUUCUAUAUUGUGCAUUUUUCUCACAUAUAUAUAUAAUUGUUAUUUAUUAUACCAAAUCUUCUUAUAACGUGUGUGUACGUGCAUACACACACGUGCACACAUAUAAAGUCGCAUUUUUGUAGCGUCGAGAAGUGUAAUCGUUCAGUUGACGAAUUUUUCAAUGCUCAGAUGAGCAUCAGAUUCAGCUAGCAUUUCGGUUAAAGCUAUUCGGGAUGUUGUCAAAGAGGACGUGUUUGUUAUGUAAAACAAGAGUGGGGAACACACAUUUUUCUAUAUAUAUUAUAUAUAUAUACAUAAACAAAUGUCUAAAUGUUACAAUUUCAAUAUAAAACAAAUAAGCAGUGUAAUAUCGAUUUAAAGAACUCCAAUAUAAUCCUCUUUCAAUAUGACAGAUUCGAUGAAAACUUUAUUAUAUUCUAUGCAGAUUUUAUUCGCAACUUUUUCGAUUGCCUCAGGCGUAUUGAUACUCUGGUAUUACAGCAAGUAGAAAUGACAGAUACUAUUGCAAAUCUAUUGAAAAUAGUCUCGAAUGUAGAAUUUUUUAUUCGGUUAUUUUAUAUUCGUUACACACGUUUUGCGAAACUUGCAGCAAACUUCAGGAGCGUGUUUUUAAAAGAAUUCUUUGCUUGAAAAUUCACACUCAAACAAUAAGGAUUCAGGAAAAAUAAACUUAAAAAAAUGCAAGAAGCCAAUAGAACCGAAAUCAUCGAGGAAACAUGAACGACUCGCACUAUGGAAUUAUUGCCGAACAUAAAUUCUUUCAAAGAACACACUGGUGAAGUUUGAUUUAAGAUCUUACGGAAUAUAUUAGGGUGCACAUUUUGCAAGAUAUGAUAAACAAAUGUGUACCAUUUAAUUAGAGAUUAAUAACGAGAUUGCCUAGAAAAGAUUCAAUAUUAUGCACAAUUAUGUGAAACUUCUAUAAUUUAUUUUAAAUCUCUUCAUCUCGUAUGGUAAAUCUGUAACACGGCAAAGUUUGUAAGAUAAUCAAUUACUUUGUAAAGUUCACAAUAAAAAGCAUCAAAACCGGCGUUAGGCAAUCAUUGCGCGAAGACUUAUUUAGUGUAAAUCGACAAAAAUAGCACAGUAGAUAUACGGUAAUUACAAGUAGCGCGUGAUAACGUAGACACUAUAAAGUCCCUCUUGUAAGCAACGAAACGGAAUGCACCGCAUCGCCGACGAUAACGUCGUUAUCGUCGUUUAAUAUUUUCCACGACUCGGAAUUAUGCGUAACGGUCGACCUCGCAAUUUAUUUACUUAUAAUAUUUACUUAUAUUUUCAUAAAUUCUCUUCCAUAUCGAGUAUCUGUCACCUCUUUGAUCACCGAUUGAAUUACCUUGGAAAAAAUAUGAAUUCACAUUCUAAUUGACAAACUCCGUCGGUCUCUCUGUUCUUCCCUCGCGUAAAUUCCCGCACAAACAGAUGUGUGCUCAUUAAAAUAUCGUAUAUGGGAAAAUCUGCUAAUGAGAGAGCGUAUGGUGUGGCAAAACGGUAAGCGGGACAAUAUAUGACGCGUCUUAUUUGCAAGAUCUGUUAGAGGAUUUGUUCUCUAAGUGGAUAAUGCUACUUGUACCAUGCGUUAGCUGCUACUUAUGUCUCAGUCAAUCGGGCACAGUUUCAGCGAAUAAAGCGAGCAGCGCGAUUCUUUUCUUCAUGCACCUUCGUUAUCCGUAUCGAUUUGUACUUUAUCUGAUGCACACACGACGUUCGGUGCGAAGAGCCGAGCGUAUGUAAAAAGAGCUCUAUGCAAACAAUAUAUAGUAUCCGAAUUGUAAAGAAUUUCGAUUUUGUCCAUUGUAUAUGAUCUUGCAUCGAGUUACGCAAUUAUAUGUAUUUUAUAAUUA